UUUGUUCCCUUGUUUAUUUUCAGAUCACAUGAAAAAUGAGUGCUCCAAGCCUUCCGCUUUCAACGAUCUUGAAAAGCAAACAUGAAGAAGCAGAUGGUGAUGAGCCUAAGAAGAAAACACGAGAGGAAUGGAAAAAGGCUAAAGAGUUAGAGGAAGCUCGAAAAGCUGGUACAGUCCCUGCUGCUGUUGAUGAGGAAGGUAAAGAUAUCAAUCCUCAUAUUCCUCAGUAUAUUUCCACAGCGCCUUGGUAUUUUGGUUCAAGUGGUCCAACAUUAAAACAUCAGCGACCACAGCCAGAAAAGCAAAGUUCUUUCAACCAUCUCAAUGAGCAUUAUGUGCGAGGGUUAGCUGGCACUACAGCAACUCGUUAUCGUAAAGGUGCUUGUGAAAAUUGUGGUGCAUUGGGUCAUAAAAAGAAAGACUGCUUUGAAAGACCACGUAAAGUUGGAGCCAAGUAUGAUGCUAAACAAAUUGCCCCUGAUGAUAUCUUGUUACCAGAACUGAAACUUGAUUUUGAUGGAAAAAGGGAUCGUUGGAAUGGCUUUGAUCCAACACAGUAUGCAGCUGUAGUUGAAGAGCACCAAAAGGUUGAAGAAUAUAAACGACAAAUAAAAGCAAAGAAGUUGAAGGAAGGUGAAGAAAUGAGUGGCGAAGAGCCUGAUGAUGAUGAUGAGGAUGAAGACAAGUAUGCUGAAAGUGUUGAUAUGCCAGGGACUAAAGUGGACAGCAAGCAAAGAAUUACUGUACGUAACUUGAGAAUUCGGGAAGAUACUGCCAAGUACCUCAGGAAUUUAGACCCUAAUUCUGCAUACUAUGACCCUAAGACACGUUCAAUGAGGGACAAUCCUUAUAAAGACACAGGUAGGCGAGAUGAAGAAGUGGACUUUGCUGGUGAAAACUUUGUAAGGUUUACUGGAGACACAGUCACUCAGGCUAAAGCACAGUUAUUUGCAUGGGAUGCUUAUGAAAAAGGUGUUGAUGUAAGUUUACAGGCUGAACCAACAAAACUGGAGUUAUUGCAGAAACAGUUUAUAAACAAAAAAGAUGAAUUUAAGAAAAAAGUAUCAGAUGAUCUUCUAGAAAAAUAUGGAGGGAAAGAACACCUUGAUGUCCCUCCUACUGAAAUGCUUUUAUCACAGACAGAAACAUAUGUUGAAUAUUCACGGCACGGUAAAAUCAUCAGGGGAGCUGAAAAGCAGGCUGUGCGGUCUAAAUACGAAGAGGAUGUCUAUCCAGGGAACCACACUAGUGUUUGGGGAAGCUAUUGGCAUGAUGGAAAGUGGGGUUUCCAGUGUUGUCAUUCCUUUGUUAAGAAUUCUUAUUGCACUGGUGAAGCAGGUAAAGCUUCUCAGGCAGAGCAACUGUUACCCAAACCUUCCAAUCAAGAUCCAAAUGAUUCUGAAGAAAAGCUUCCUAAAACACUACUGGAGAUGCAUAAAGAGAAGACCAAGACUAAGAAGAAGAAAAGGAAAGCAAAGAAGAAGAAGACAAGUAGCAGCAGCAGUAGUAGUAGUAGUAGCAGUAGCAGCAGUAGUAGUGAUUCUUCAACUGAAAACGAAGAUGAAGAGGAAAAGGAAAAGAAGCGGAAAAAGAAGCUACGAGAGGCACUAAUCCGUGCCAAGUUGGAAGAGGAUGCUGCGGCAGAGAUGUUGAAAAUGGAUGAAAGAGAGAGAAGUUAUAAUUCUAUUUAUAAUUACAAAGCUCCCACUGAAGAAGAAAUUGAAGCUUUCCAGAUGAGGAGACAGAGGGAAGAUGAUCCCAUGGCUGCAUUCCUGGGGAAGUAAGUAUUUUCUCAGGAGUUUGUAUAUCACUGUUGUAUUUUAUUUUGACUGUUGAGGUUCUAUUUGAAACAGUUAGUUUAUGGACAACGGAGGUAGGCUAAUUUAAGAAGCAUAGCUUUACUUUCCCACUGAAGCACUUAACGACCUAAAAAUUAAUUUUCAAGAUGAAAUAUUUCAACAUGUACAAAACCAAGAUACAUUAUUCAUGUUUUGACAUGUUACUUUACUUCAGGUUCUGAGAGUUAUAUAGAAAUGUAUUAUGCCAUUUGUAAUUUUAACUUAUUUGUUGCUACAUAGAGGUUGCAAAGCAUUGUUGCUUCCCAUCUUUGAACUUAACAAAAACAGGAAAUUGUAGUAAUUUUUCCAUUUGCUGGAAACUGCAAGAUCUGAGGUUAUAGUUUGGUAAAUAUGUAUAUAAUUUAAAUCAUUAUGUUCACUCCUGACCUUUUAAAUUUCUACAGGUAAUUCUCAGGUAAAUUAUGCAUUCAUAGCCCAAAUUAGGCAACAUAGUUAGCUCCACAGAAUGAACUUGUUGCUUUGCAAACCUCUUUUGUGAUGAUCAUGUACAGUGUAAUUACAGUAGAUUAGUCCUGUCCUGUAUUUUAUUCAUUACCUUGUUACUUAAUGUAUGUCCUUAAGGUCUGUGUUAUCAUACAAACAACAGACUUCUUACUUUACUUAUGCCCAAGCACAUAAGAAAUUGGGAAAUAGGUCCGAGUGAGUCCUGCUUUAUCAUGGGUAGUCCCCUAUGAUGUCUGUUACACCAACCUUGGUUUAAAGUUUAACCACAAACAUACUACUGAGAACUUUUCAGUCUCAACUUUUAUCCUUACUGAUUCAUAAUGUAUUUCCUAUUGCCAGUCUGGGAAUGUUCAUUAAAGUCAGUCCUUACGUAUAUAUUUAUGGUUUUUCACAUCUGUAAAACAAUUUUUACAUUAAAAAAAUUAUUUUCCAGACUUGAAAGGUCAGUAAAAUGUGAAAUAAAAAUUUUGAAAACACCAGUCUGUAUCAAGUGACAACUAUUUUAUUUCUUAUUUUAUCAUAUCUGUAUGCAUCAUUGUAUGGUUAGUAUGUAUUUGGACAAAUGCAUUCAUGACUUGCAUUCUAAACAUAUUCUAAACAUACAUUUAGUGAGGAACUUUUUGUGUAGAAGUAACAGUGGCUUAUCAGCUGAUAGCCUUCACAUCCUGUUGAUGGGAAGUUUUUGUAUGCUUUAUUACAUCAUAUGUUGCUUUUGUUCUCAAAUGAGUUAAAUUUGUUAUUGUUUCUUGUAUUGAUAUGUAGUACUGUAUCUCUACAGGUUUUUGUACACCAGAUAUGUAAUUUCUUACUUCACUCAGUUGUCCUUGAAGGUUGUUCACAAUCAUAGAUUUCUUUGUUUGCUUUUACCUAAGUAGGUAUGCAUAAAUUGUUUUUGCAACAGCUACAUUGUACUGUAUAUUUUAUUUGAGUGUUAGUAGGAGUUUUCAUGUGGCUAAACUAUCUGGAUGCAAAGCUUCAACGAAGGAACAAAAGGACAGAAUGAUACUGUCUCCAGGUCAUCCCAGGGAAAGGCUUACAACCUGUGAAAUGUACUAUGUGUUUUUCAUGGCAUACUGUAGAUAGUACAAAAGGUUCUUUGUAGCCUAUGUCAUCCAUCUUCCUUUAUAGCAGUCCAGCUUCAGCUUAACCUUCCUCCAAUUUUGACCUCCUUUUCAAGAAAAAUGACUCAGUGGUCUAUUUUAAAAUAAUUCAUGAUACGUCAGCCUCCCUGCCUUGUGGAAGGUUAUUCAUUGCUAAGGGACUUCCCUCACAAGAAAAAACAGUUAUGGAUGUGGCCUCACUCUUAAGCUAUCAUGGUUUAGUUUACCACUGAACGAGUUCCACCUUAAGUGGGGCUGGAUUACCCAUGGGAAGUACAAAUCUCUGUAGAUUUUUGCCUAGGCUGCUUGUUAGUUUGGAUGAGGGAGAGUAGUAACUGCUUUGAUCCUAGUGGGGCAAUAUUAUGAAAUUUCUUAGUAAUGAAGGAAGCUAUAAAGGAGUGCCAAUAGGAGACUUUAAGAGCUGCUACAUCCCAUUGACAAUGUUAACUGCAUAAUCAGAGGAAGAGGUUGUUGAUAUUCAAAUGAUGGGAGCAUGAAAUUCAGAGGAACUGAAAAGCAGCAUAAGCAAAGCAUAUGAACAGUACACAAACAAAGAAAAUAGUGAGGAAAUGACCAUGUGUGUAUUGUGGGGGAGUUUUUGGCAUGAACUCAACAGCAUAUAUCAAGCAUAACACAGUAUCACAAGAAAUGCUCAGGGUUACAAAAUUAAACAGGAAUAGCCAAUAGAGAUGCAGUGUAAGGGCAGGCCUUAAUAUAGGUAGAGCAUUUGUUGGAUACUAUGUGUGUGUAGCAGGUGUAGAGAGGAUAGUAAAAAAAAAAAAAAAAAAAAAAAAAAAAAAAAAAAGUAGCAAUAAUAUGGAUAUAAUGAAAAGUGAUUGUUAUCCUUCAUGUAAAUAAGGGAAAAAUUUUAUGAUGUAUUCUAAACUACCGUACUGUCACUGGAGAUUUUGAAAGGGUAUAAGUCCAAAGGAUAAGAUUCAUAGCUGGAGUGCAUCACCAUGAUUUUGUUACCAAAGAGGAAGCUGCUGAGAGAUGUAGUGACCAGAUGCUGAGGAAAAAGACAUAGCUCAAGAGCUCAAGGACAGAGUUGAUUUAGAUGUGAUGAGGAGGGAGAAAAGUAGUAUGUAUUCGUGGGGAAUGGGUACCAGACCCCCCCCAGCAAAUAGCUAGAACCCACGAAUAGUUGGAACCCCUUUAAAAAUGCUUAAAACAGCCUAUUUUGUUAGUUACAACUCAAGAAAAACCCACUAGAAAUUUUUAUACCUGUUUUUUUUAAUAGUUUUUUCACAAAAAGUGCAUUUUAUAAUGAAAUUGAUAAAAAACCAGAAAUUUGUGGAUAUUUUUCCUAUAAAAAUACUGCAAAUACGUGAAUUUCCUGCAAAUAAUGGGUAGAUAUGGUCCAUAGAGAAAUCCAUGAAUGUGAGUCCGCAAAUCCAGAGAAUGCAAAUAUGGGGGGCCCGCUGUAGUAGGAUGAAGACCAUCUAGAAGCCCAUGUAUCAUUGAGGAAGGGCGUAGAUGAAUACCCAGAUCUGAUGGGAAUUCAUUCAUAGGAUAAAAGACAAGGAAGGGAACUGAUUUCAUGUAUAACCUCAAUAAAGAAAAAGUGUGAGGUAAAAAUAUUAAAGGUAAUGGUUUAUAUUCAGUAUUUCUUACUCAAGUUAUGUAAUUCACAUCAUCAGCAUUUGUAAGCAUGAUAAGCUGUACCCAGUCAUAAAUAUUAAUUAUCAUUUAUGUAUACUAUUACUCUAUUAAUUUCAUUUGUAUGUGUUAUAUUUAAGACCAUCAUUAAGAAAUUUGCCAGUCACUAAAUAACUAGAAGAUUUCCAUUGCUUCUUAAGCUGUAUCAAAUAUUCUGGUGGCAGAAUUACAGUCAAAGAUACAUGAAGCACUGAGACUGUACAGUAAGGGUGUAGACAGGGAAUGGAAAGAAUCCCCCAGAUUAUACAGAUGAACCUUGGAAUAAGUGAGCCAGACAUUGUGGUUGAAAAUGUCAAGGUAAUUCUUAGCUAUUCUAUUCGAGUUUAAGGGAUUUCAGUAACUUGUAGAGACAAAUCUUCCCUGUGGUUCUUACUUUGAAUAUAGUUGCCCUGGUUCUAGUUACACAGAGAAAGUAGACAAUUAAUGUCAGUUUCAAUUGGUACAAUCUGUAUAUUUGUGCACAGUUUGUAUGAGAAUCCAAACAUAUGCAGAAUUUUUACUAAAACUGAUGAAGAACACUAUUUGAAAUUCCUUAAAAAUCUGCACCAGCAGUAUGGGAAGCUUAUAAGAGGUUUCCAGCUUUUCUCUUCUCACUGUAUUUCUUCAUAUCAUAUUUCCUUUGGAAUUUGACUGGCUUCUAAUCCUUCCUGUGGAGUCUUUUGAUACUUUGUGCAUAUUAAAAAUCUGAAAUUCCCUAUUCGGGACUUCCACAUUCUGACAGAAACAGGUCUAGUUAUAGAAAAUGAGGAUGCUGAUAAAUGACCCUAAAUUGUAAUUACUAUGACUAAAUCAAAUAUACCUAUUCUGUCAAUGUUGUAUUACUGACUUUCAUCACAUUAGGUGAAUGGCAGCUGUUUCGGAAUAAUUAAUUUGACUGUAACCAAUGAAGGCAGAGUAAACUGGUUGUUGGACUGUGGAGAUCCCUAUCAGAAAGAAUGCCAUAUUGAAUUAAUAUGUUGUCUUAGAUUUGUCAAGCUUGUUUGACCAGUGAAGUUAUGAUGAAUAAAUCACAUGACCAGUUCCCAAUUGCAGAGUUUGCAGAACACUUAAAAUCAAGGAUAAUGUUUUGGUAAUUUUCAUAUUUUGGAAACAAAUCCUUAACUGAAAUUUUAUUAGGAUCAACAUUUUCAGUUUAUCCAAUAAUUAUAAUGAUUUGUGGAGUUGCAUUGUAUUAUUAAAUAAGAUUGAUGUAUUCCUCAAGAACAAAUCCUUUGGACCAGCCCUGUGAGAAUUAAGAAUGUUAAUUUGGUGGUCUGGCUAAACUUAUGAACGAUAGUAACUUGUGAUGCCAGUGUAUCUCUAUUAAAGCCUGUAGCACAUAAGAUUUAUAAA